ACUGGAUGACAUCACAACAGCUUCAGGUCCUUGAAAGUCUUGAGGAUGAUUAGCUGAAGGAAUUGGCUAUUUCUACCAAUCAUAACCCGGCAGAGCUGCCUUCAUAGUUCGGAGAUAUGAGAGAAAGAGGGAGGGAGGGAAAGACCGACUCCAGCUAAGCAAAAGGCGCAGCAGCAGUCGCAGAAGCAGACAGUAGCAGCUGGUAUUCCGGUGAUUAAAUAGUUCUCAUAGCCUUUUUGCUGUACCCAGUCUGCUCCCUGGUGUAAUGCUUGUGUCCGAGAAGGAAGCUGCAUUUUAACGGUGUGCUGAACAGAGGUCUGAAUCAUUCCAGCUGGCUGCUUGUUUUGAAAAGGACAAUGUGUGUAUAAAUAAAAAGACUGCUGGAAGAGUUCAGACACCAGCACUGGAGCUGAGGAGUGCUCCGGGAAUCCUGUUGAGGCAGAUGGCACGAACUGAAAGCUCCGCUAAUUAACCUGGAGCCAAGUAAACCUGCAUUCUGGAUAUCUCAUUUUCUAACUCCGGAUAAAUUCAAGUUAGCAAAAGAAAACUAAUAUUGAGAUGCUUCUCUAGAUAUGCUUAAGGACUUUGCAGCAAUUCUUGGUAUUGGACAGAUCAUCUCAGCUGUUGACUUCCCAGUCCACUGUUUACCAGAUUUGACUCAUUUGUGACCACUUCAAGACUCUCCCAUGAUUUGCAAUGGUUACAUGAAUGUUUGGGAAGGAAAAUUUGCAACACCUUUCUAUAUGUUCUCCAUGGCACCUUAGGGAAAGAAACCAGAAAAGGCUCACAAAGCACUGAUCUUUAAAAUGAAUCUUAUUGUGAGGUUUCGGAGAAGCUUUCGAACACUUAUUGUUCUCUUAGCUACUUUUUGCUUGGUGAGCAUCCUCAUUUCUGCCUACUUCCUAUACUCUGGCUACAAACAGGAAAUGACACUUAUUGAAACUACAGCUGAAGCAGAGUGUGCUGACAUCAAAAUCCUACCUUAUCGGUCCAUAGAGCUGAAAACCAUCAAGCCAAUUGACACAUCCAAAACUGACCCCACUGUCCUCCUGUUUGUAGAGAGUCAGUAUUCUCAACUAGGUCAAGAUAUUAUAGCAAUCUUGGAGUCCAGCCGCUUUCAGUAUCAGAUGGUCAUUGCUCCAGGCAAGGGAGACAUACCACCUCUUACCGAUAGUGGCAAAGGGAAGUAUACAUUGAUUAUUUAUGAAAAUAUUCUGAAAUAUGUCAGCAUGGACUCAUGGAACCGGGAGCUUUUAGAAAAAUACUGUAUAGAAUACAGUGUUAGCAUAAUUGGUUUUCAUAAAGCCAAUGAGAACAGCUUACCAACUACACAAUUGAAAGGUUUUCCUUUGAACUUAUUCAAUAAUCUAGCUCUGAAGGACUGCUCCGUGAACCCGCAGUCUCCUCUGCUGCAUAUUACCAAAGGCCCUAAGGUUGAAAAGGGGCCUCUUCCUGGGGAAGACUGGACUAUUUUCCAAUAUAACCAUUCUACCUACCAGCCAGUGCUUUUAACGGAGUUACAGACAGAGAAGCCCCUGCCUUUGUUGUCCAGCAAAACUCUCUAUGCCACAAUAAUUCAGGACCUGGGGCUUCAUGAUGGGAUCCAGCGUGUUCUUUUUGGGAACAACUUAAACUUUUGGCUACACAAGCUCAUCUUCAUAGAUGCCAUUUCUUUCUUGUCGGGAAAGAGGCUGACAUUGUCCUUGGACAGGUACAUCCUUGUGGACAUCGAUGACAUAUUUGUGGGGAAGGAGGGAACAAGGAUGAACGUCAAAGAUGUGAAGGCAUUACUAGAGACUCAAAAUUUACUGCGCACUCAGGUUGCAAAUUUUACCUUCAACCUUGGAUUUUCAGGGAAGUUUUACCAUACAGGGACUGAAGAAGAGGAUGAAGGAGAUGACCUCCUGCUGGGGUCUGUGGAUGAGUUCUGGUGGUUUCCGCACAUGUGGAGUCACAUGCAGCCCCACCUCUUCCACAACGAGUCCUCUUUAGUGGAGCAGAUGAUUCUCAACAAAGAGUUUGCCCUGGAGCAUGGAAUACCGACCAACCUGGGCUAUGCAGUGGCCCCACAUCACUCAGGGGUCUACCCGGUCCAUAUUCAGCUGUAUGCAGCUUGGAAGAAGGUCUGGGGUAUUCAGGUUACCAGCACUGAAGAGUAUCCACAUCUGAAACCUGCAAGAUACAGAAAGGGCUUCAUUCACAAUAGCAUCAUGGUCCUCCCUCGACAGACCUGUGGGCUGUUCACACAUACUAUUUUCUACAAGGAGUAUCCAGGAGGACCCCAGGAAUUGGACAAAAGUAUCAAAGGAGGUGAACUUUUCCUCACAAUCCUUCUAAACCCAAUCAGCAUUUUCAUGACACAUCUAUCUAACUAUGGGAAUGACCGCCUAGGCUUGUACACCUUUGUGAACUUGGCCAACUUUGUACACAGCUGGACCAACUUGAAACUGCAGACUCUGCCUCCAGUACAACUGGCCCGCAAGUACUUCGAGCUCUUCCCUGAGCAGAAAGAUCCUCUCUGGCAGAAUCCAUGUGAUGAUAAACGACACAAAGACAUCUGGUCCAGGGAGAAAACAUGUGAUCACUUACCAAAAUUCCUUGUAAUUGGGCCUCAGAAAACAGGAACAACUGCACUUUAUUUAUUUCUUCUUAUGCACCCUUCCAUCAUCAGCAAUCUCCCUAGCCCAAAAACCUUUGAAGAAGUUCAAUUUUUUAAUGGCAACAACUAUCACAAGGGAAUUGAGUGGUAUAUGGACUUUUUCCCUACUCCUUCCAACAUUACCAGUGAUUUCCUAUUUGAAAAAAGUGCUAACUACUUCCACUCAGAAGAGGCCCCCAAGAGAGCAGCAUCUCUUGUUCCCAAAGCCAAGAUCAUUACUAUCCUCAUUGACCCCUCAGACAGGGCAUAUUCUUGGUACCAGCAUCAGCGAUCCCAUGAAGAUCCAGCUGCCCUGAGGUUCAAUUUCUAUGAAGUCAUCACAACAGGACAUUGGGCCCCACCUGAUUUAAAAACCUUGCAGAGGAGAUGUCUGGUACCUGGGUGGUAUGCAGUACACAUAGAAAGAUGGCUGACCUACUUUGCUACUUCCCAGUUGCUAAUUAUUGAUGGACAACAGCUGAGAUCUGACCCAGCUACUGUGAUGGAUGAAGUCCAGAAGUUUCUAGGAGUUACACCUCAUUAUAAUUACUCUGAAGCACUAACGUUUGAUCCCCAAAAGGGCUUUUGGUGUCAACUACUGGAAGGAGGAAAGACCAAAUGUCUUGGGAAGAGCAAAGGCCGAAAAUACCCACCCAUGGAUCCAGAGUCCAGAACGUUCCUCUCCAAUUACUACCGGGAUCACAAUGUGGAGCUCUCGAAGCUGCUGCACAGGCUGGGGCAGCCUCUGCCCUCCUGGCUGAGACAGGAGCUGCAGAAAGUGAGAUAGCAUCCGCGAAGAGAACAUGGCACUGAGUCACUGUUAAGUAGCAAAGGCGAACCGCGCAGCUUUCUCCUUUUCGUACACUUGUGAUUGUCAAGAGAGGACUGUGAAUAAAUCCCCUUCAAUGUUUUCCAUAAAAUGAAAGCAUAUGCACGCAUUGGCAGUUAUUAGCAUUAAUCCUUACAUAAGGCUUUUGGAAACAAAAUAUGGGUUUCUGGCACUAUCCAGUUUCUUGUCUGGGGGUCAUCAUGCAGCUCACUUCUCUGUUAACCAGCUUCCAGGACAUCACAUCACUAAUGUUAUGACUAUAUGCAAGUUACCAAUUAAAAAUUUGAGGAAAAGAUAAGUGCUAUAGUGUCUAUAAAUGAAGUCAGAUCUAACCCACUGUCUGAAUUAAGGGCUAAUGUUUGUAAGUAUCAUUUUCUGGUUCUGUUGGUCCAUCUUUCCCUUGUGGGGCAGGGAGGGAUCAUGUUCAUCACAAGUUCCAAGUCAUCACAAGGGCAUGCCAUCCUCAGAAAACUCCAACAUGGUCUCUUGAGAGCUCCAGUAAGACAGAAGCGUGUGAUUCUGAACUGCAGUAUCCCAAUAGAUGAGGGCUAUCUUUAAUGGGCCCGUUAUCUUACUACAUUACCAAGGUUCCCACCUUGGCAGUGAUGUAGCAUUUAUAUAUAUUUGUUCAUUAUUCUAAAUAAUGAGCUGCACUCAAAAGAAAUGUACACUAAGUUGCAAUGCAGUUCUAAACAGGCGCUGUUCCUUCUAAGUAAGAAAUACGUCCAUCUUUUUAAAGCAUGAUGUUUCAUAUAUGCAACUACAUCUAUUAUAAUAAAGUUUUACUGUCUAUUUUAAGAUAUUUCUAAAAUUUAAGUUGUAUCCCCAAAGUUACCUAUUUGAACAUCACUACUUCCCUAACUUGAACCCAAUUUCAUGGACAUAAAACCCACAAGUUAAUUUUAAGACAAAAGUGCUAUUUUUGUUUUGAGUUACAGGUUCCUACAGUAUUUGAAAACUAUAUAAAAUAAUGUUAACGGGAAUUUUAUCCUAUUUGUCCAUGAUGAUCUAUGGAAACUUUAACUUUUUAGUGAUACAUGAAGGUAAAUUUUCACCAGAACAGUCAGUCAAGGUAAUUUUGAGAACAUUACCCACAAAUAAAUCUUCAUCUUCCAGAACAAUUUUGCUAAAGGUUAUAAAUAAUACCGUCAUCCCCAUUGUGUGAGAAUUUAUUCUUGCAUUAAUUAGAUAACAAACAGGUAGGUUUUUUUUUGGUGGUGGUUAGGUAAACAAAUCAAAUUUGGCUAUUCUAAAAGAGCAUUGGUAUCUUUUUACAUAUUGUAAACCUAACUUGUCAUCUAUAUUUCUUUUGUUUGUUUGCUAUUUUUUGUUUUUUUUAAUUUAAAUUUGAAACAAGCUUGCUUUACAUGUCAAUCCCAGCUCCCUCUUCCUAUCAUCCUUCCCUGCCUCCCCCAAGUCCCCUAAGCCCUCACCCCAUGCCCCCUCCCCUCCCAAGGAAGGGUGAAGCCCUCCAUGGGAGAUCUCCAAAGUCUGUCAUAUCACCAGCGGCAGGGUCUUGCCAUGUGGAAUGGGGUCAUCUGUAUUUCACAUUUUUUUAUUUUCUGUUUUUUCUUGGCAUUCCUGUUUAAAGGCACUUGAUCUUUAUCAGAAAAGGUUAGCUGUUUUCUUCUUUGUUGAUAUAACUAACAAUAAUUUCCUGGUUUCAUUUUUAGCUGUGGGUACUAAGUUCUCACCCUUGUUACUUAUAUAAGAACAUGACACAGUCCCUUUAAAAUGGUGAAAUAAUUAUUACAAUUAUUCAUUUAGACCAUUACAAUUUAUUCACCAUCUCCCUCCCACUUAUACUAUAGUGUUUCUGCCACUUUCUUUUGCUCUGUGUCUGGUAUGACUAUCUAGCCCAGUCUGCAAACACUCCCGCCCUUCCAUCUGGUGCACUGGGAUUACAAGGGUGUAGUACUACACUCAACUCUAAUCAUUAUUUUCUUAACCUAGAGAAAAAUCCUCUUUCCUUCACAAGGGACUAAAAUGAAUGUAAAAAGGAUUCUUUCAUACCAAAUAAUAUUGCUAGAGCUCGAGAACUUCCAACUCAUCACCAGAUUUAACAUUGAAAUGGAUUGAAUUUUCUGCAUUUUCUUGCCUUUGAAUAACGUAUAUAUAUCAGUGAGCCACUCCACCGGUAUCUGAAAGCAAAUAUCAUUCAAACAUAGCCAUUAUCUCUAUUUUAUUGUUAUUCCAAUCAUUAUGUAUAUUUUUCUUGCUAUGUUUGAUAAUGAAGUGAGCAACUGUAUUUAAUUAUUUAGUUAAUCUUCAUCUAAAGGCUUGGAGAAGUCUAGUAAAUGGAACUGAACUGUAGUAAUCCAGAAAUCUCAGCUUUAAUAAUAUAUUCCUUUUUAAGAUUUCUUCCCACUUCAGAACUGUCAUCUUGGAAUUUAUUAGUGUAAUUCUUUCGAAUUUGUAUUAUGUCUUCAGUUUUAUGCAACAUACAUUUAUUUAAACAUUAGAAUACCUUUUCAUGCCCUUUAGCAUACAGGUAUGGCGUCUUCAUUCCUUUCCAGACUUUUAGGGCCUUGUUCGACUUACAAGGCUGAAUGUCAACUACUUCAUUUUGUUAAAGGCAUAAAUAGUAUUUAAUUGCAUCAGAUACUAAUUCUUAAAAGUUAUAUUAUCAAAAUUCAUCCAAAAUAAAAUUUAGUUUCUAUUUAACAAUGACCAAAACAUAAUUUGAAGAGCAUGAAUAACAGUACUUCUGGUUUAACACACACACAAACACACACACAUACACACACAGAGGCACAUACACCUUACAGACUUCUUUUUUUUUGCCUAAACUGUAGCAAAGCCAACUUACAUUUAGUAUUGUCUUGCUUUUAAAAUCUUGCUGUUUUAAAUAAUACAAAGUAACCUAUAUUCUAGACUUAUUGAUCGAUUUAUUUUAAAUUACAGGAAACAUAAGGUAUUUAUAUAGACAUAAUAUUAAAUACUUCUAUUUCUGGUGGUGGCAGAAAAUUCUGUUUGCUUGAGGAAAAUAGAGGGGCUCAAAAAUAACACUAGCCAUUACUUCAUAGUGGACUGUGCAUAUCAUAUCUUUUUUCUAAAUCAAUUUUAGGAAUGCAACCCUGACAGAAAACUAUAUACACACUUCAAAAUGUGCAAAUAUCUGUAAAUGCGUUGUGUCUGAGAAGCCUCAAGAGUUUUUGGUCUCACAAAUAGUUUUUGGUUUUUGUUGUUGUUGUUGUUGUUGUUUGUUUGUUUUUUCCCAGUGAAAUACAUGUGACAAGCCGAGAGAAAACUCUACAUGGAAUGAAAUGAAAUUGUUAAAAUAGCUGUUGUCACCCUAAAAUAAAGGACCAUGGCUGUGUUCUCAUCAGAAUAUACCCUGAUACUAGUGCAGCCACUGGAGUGACGCUGUUUCUUCUGAAGCCAGGAUAUGAGUACCAGUUCAUUCCUCCUUCCCUUGUCUUCAUCACUGCAUACACAUUUCCUGGAUGCCAAACAUCCAGUGCUUGUCCCAGAAUGGGGAAUGGGCUUUUCAAAAUAGGCAUCCUUGUCCCAGUCCUACCUUUCAGUAGCUGUGUGGCCUUAGAUAAUUUGUGGAAUUUCCUUGAGCCACAUUUUUCCCGUGCAAAUUAGAGACAAUAAAAUAAUUACUCAAGAGCUUUUUAUAGCCUCUCAGUUAGAAUAUGUUUGGCUAACAGCAUAAUGCCUGAAAUGGUUGUGCUGAAAUAUGUUAAUCAUAAAAAUAAUGUAUAACUAAUCAUGUCUCUCUUCUUUUCUAUCACAUAGGAAUGUUUGUUUUCUACUCCUGCUAAUAAUAAAACAUAUAUGAUAAAAUA